GUUGACCAACCUGGGGUGGUGAAACCAGUCAGUCCCCAUCCUGCGCCAGUGCCCCACACGUUGAAGGUUGGGUUAUAAAGCCUCUCCCACCCCAGUGCUCAGCACUGUAUACUUCUGCAGCCUCCUGCGCAGCUUCGCCUGGCGAACACUGGUAGAAUUAACAUCACCUCCAAGAUGUCUCAUUAUCAGCACAAACAGCCCGUGAGCCUUCCCCCUGCCUUUAACCAGGAGCAGCGUAAGCAGCCCCUGCCUCAGAUCCCUGUCCCUGUCCCAUGGGAACAAGUGAAGCAGCCCACACCAGUACCUGCACCAUGCCCAGUGCCUGAGCAAGUCCCAGCUGUGCAAGAAGAGCCCACCAUUCCUGUGAAGAGAGUUCCUGUUCUUAUUCCACAGCCAGAGCAGAAAGGAGAUCAGCAACCAGAACAGCAGAGGGAACAUAAAGAAGAGCAGCAGCUGGAACAUAAGCAAGUGGAGCAGCUUGAAGAGCAGCUGGAACAUAAACAGGAACAGCAGCUGGAAGAGCAGCUGGAGCAACAGCUGGAACAUAAACAAGAACAGCAGCUGGAACAUAAGCAAGUGGAGCAGCUGGAAGAGCAGCUGGAACAUAAACAAGAACAGCAGCUGGAACAUAAACAGGAACAGGAGCUGGAAGAGCAGCUGGAGCAACAGCUGGAACAUAAACAAGAACAGCAGCUGGAACAUAAGCAAGUGGAGCAGCUGGAAGAGCAGCUGGAACAUAAACAAGAACAGCAGCUGGAACAUAAACAGGAACAGGAGCUGGAAGAGCAGCUGGAGCAACAGCUGGAACAUAAACAAGAACAGCAGCUGGAACAUAAGCAAGUGGAGCAGCUGGAAGAGCAGCUGGAACAUAAGCAAGUGGAGCAGCUGGAAGAGCAGCUGGAACAUAAGCAAGUGGAGCAGCUGGAAGAGCAGCUGGAACAUAAACAAGAACAGCAGCUGGAAGAGCAGUUGGAGCAACAGCUGGAAAAUAAGCAAGAGCAACAGCUGGAGCAUAAGCAAGAGCAGCAGCUGGAAAAUAAGCAAGAGCAACAGCUGGAGCAUAAGCAAGAGCAGCAGCUGGAAAAGCAGCUGGAGCAUAAGCAAAAGCAGCUGGAGCAACAGCUGGAACAUAAACAAGAACAGCAGCUGGAACAUAAGCAAGUGGAGCAGCUGGAAGAGCAGCUGGAACAUAAGCAAGUGGAGCAGCUGGAAGAGCAGCUGGAACAUAAACAAGAACAGCAGCUGGAAGAGCAGUUGGAGCAACAGCUGGAAAAUAAGCAAGAGCAACAGCUGGAGCAUAAGCAAGAGCAGCAGCUGGAAAAGCAGCUGGAGCAUAAGCAAAAGCAGCAGCUAGAAAAGCAGCUGGAGCAACAGCUGGAACAUAAACAAGAACAGCAGCUGGAACAUAAGCAAGUGGAGCAGCUGGAACAUAAACAAGAACUGCAGCUGGAAGAGCAGCUGGAACAUAAACAAGAACAGCAGCUGGAAGAGCAGUUGGAGCAACAGCUGGAGCAUAAGCAAGAGCAGCAGCUAGAAAGGCAGCUGGAGCAACAGCUGGAAAAUAAGCAAGAGCAGCUGGAACAUAAACAAGAACAGCAGCUGGAACAUAAGCAAGUACAACAGCUGGAGCAUAAGCAAGAGCAGCAGCUGGAAGAGCAGCUGGAACAUGAACAAGAACAGCAGCUGGAGCAACAGCUGGAACAUAAGCAAGAGCAACAGCUGGAGCAUAAGCAAGAGCAGCAGCUGGAAAAGCAGCUGGAAGAGCAGUUGGAGCAACAGCUGGAAAAUAAGCAAGAGCAACAGCUGGAACAAAAACAAGAACAGCAGCUAGAAGAGCAGCUGGAGCAGCAGCUGGAGCAGAAGGAAGAGGAGCUGAAGCAGCAGCUGGAGCCAGGGCAGGAGCCUGAAGGGUGCGUUGAAGUUACCAUCCCCAUGAAAGAUCCUGAGCAGGUCCCACAGGCUCCAGAAAAGAGCUUCCCUUCCGCGGAGCAGCAGCAGCAGAAGCAGCAGGUGCACUGGCCCUUCAAACAAUAAUAACUUUCUCCAGCUCCCCACACCCCAAGAUCUCUUCCUACAAAAUGAAGAGUUAGAGAGAGAGAGACACGGCCCAGGCUUACCUCAUGUUUUCCCCAGCCUAGGUGGUCCGCCUCAUCCCGUGAAUGUCCCUGAUUCCCUUCCUUUCUUUGUGUAUUUCGUGCAUCUCUAGGACAGGGGGCAGGCACUUAAAGAGGGGAGACCAUUCUCUCCCUUGUCCUGUCUUCCCCCGCCCCCAUCCCAACCUCAUCCACACCUUGGGAAUUGAGCCUCUGCUCAGCGGAUUGUAUAACCUUUGUGGUGUCAUAAAUAUCAUCCUUGUUUUGUGUCCUGCUAGUGUGUCUAUGUGUGACCGUCUUGAUGUGAGUGGGCAUUUGUGCUCCUACCAAUAAAUCUUGGAAUCCCUGAAA